ACAGAGCGUGCAAGCCAUGGUCGCCGCCGCCGACCUUGGAGCUUCAUAAUCAUGGACGCCAUCUUCGCGCUCGCGGCGGCGCCCCGCGCUCGCGUCCUUGAGCGCGCGGCGGCGCGCGUCCCCGGCUGCCUCUACCUCUGCCUCUGGGUGCCGGUGACCGGCCAGUGCCCAUCCAGCCAUCUGUUCUGCCUGGACGCGUGGAUCGGCGGCGGCGCCGGCGGUGACCGCGCGCGGGCGAUGUUUGAGGCGUACCGAGGAGCGCUCUGUGCCGUCAUAAGCGGCUGUGUGCCCGGGUGGGCGUACAAGGAGGGCCGCGCAUCCAUGGAGCUGCCGGAGCCGAACUUGACGGCGGCGGCCUCGCUGCAGGUGCAGCACCAGUUCUACCAUGAAGCCGGCACCAAGAUGGCGGUGUUCAUGGGAUGCGACAGCGGGGAAAUCGAGAUCGGUCUGUCCAGCACAAUGGUGGCGGCGACCGCGGCGGUGGCGGACCACGUGCUGCAGUCGCUCCUGGAGGAGCUCCUCCAGCCGCCGCCGCCGACACAGCCGUCUUCCUCGUCCUCCUCGAUGCCGUCACUCUCGGUCGGAAGCCCGGAGUACUCCUCGCUCACCAUCCGCUCAAUGGCAACACCACCACCAGCGGUCGUCGCCUCCUCUGCCGGCGAGCCAUCGACGCAAGCACCGCCUCCCGGCGGCUUGCCCACGCAGUACGAGUUCCCGAGCGACGCGGCAAUGGCGCCGCAGGCGAUGCUCGCGGCCAUCGCCUCCACCUCCACGCCGCCGCCGCGCUCCUCGUUGCCGGAAAGGCGUCCGAUGGCGUUCAAGGCGUACGCCGCGGCGCUGUCGCCAAGGGCGCCCCGGGCCCCGCGGCGGCCAGGGGCAGGGCAGAGGAUGAUCAAGACGUGCAUCGCCCUCCUGGCGAGCGCGCACGCAGCAACGCGCGCCCGCGAACUCGCCGCGGCGCACGGCAAGGAGGGCGCCGCCCAGCAGCAGCAGCCGCCGGCUCCCACCACCACGGCCAGCCAGCUGCACCACAUGAUCUCGGAGCGGCGCCGGCGCGAGCGGCUCAACGACAGCUUCCAGUGCCUCAGGGCGCUCCUCCCUCCCGGCUCCAAGAAAGACAAGGCCAACGUUCUCGCCAGCACGACGGAGUACAUGAACACGCUGGUAUCCCAGGUGGCCUGCCUCCGGGAGAAGAACCUGCAGCUGGAAGCACAGCUCGCAGGCCUGAACCCUUGCCCACCCACUAGCGGCGAUGACGGCGGCGGCCCGUCGGAGAAAAUAGAGGUCGACGUGGCCACCACGGGGGCAUCCACGUCGACGCCCAGUCAGCAGCAGCCCCGGGAGGUGAGCGUGAAGAUAACGGUGCGAGCGGAGUGCGACAUGCCAGAGGUGCUGAUCUCGCUGCUGACGUGGCUCAAGGAGACGGGGAGCGCCACCGUUGUGUCCGUGGAGGCGCGGCAACAUAGCGGCGUUGCGCUUGCGCAGGCCAGCCUCACAUUGCGAAUCCCGGAGGCUGGCGACAUUGUCGACUUGACACGGCUCAAGGAAGCUCUGACGAAGGUUCUCGAAGAUGCAGUGACGCCGCCGCCCCGACGACAGCCAGAGUCGCCGUAGGUCGGGCCCCGUAGCGCCGGAGCUACUUUUGGAUAGUAUAUCAGUUUUGACCGGAUCAAGGAGAAGAAGGCAGGAAAAAGACCCUGUUAGGUGUCUGUUUUACUUUCUGUUUUUCUUCAGUCUUUUGACCAUGUCUUGUGAUUUGGUACUUGUGUAAGAUCAAUGUUAAUUGAAGUUAGAUAAUUUUCUAUGUGUUGUAAGUGUAGUGCCGGGAUCGGUUAGGAAUGUAGCAUCAGUUUUCUGUAUGAUUGUAGCUACUGGUCUAUGUAAUGCCUAGCGUUGCAAUCUUUGACAUGAGAUGAAUUGCUUUUCGUAAAGUCCUUUAUUGACUGACAACAUGUUAGUUAACUUCAUGCACCG